CUAACUUUACGGCUCGGGGACUCUGGGUCAUGGGCUUUCCUUUUCUGGAAGGAAGAAGCUUUCCAAGUUUUCCAUACAAAAAAGUGCACUAUAAAAGUAAGAACUGAACUGUUUUUCAGUAUUUACUCCCAAGACGGGUCCGGUGGUUGAUCUCUGAUACUCUGUUGAAGAAUUAUUAAGCAAGCAGAUUAGUUAGCUUCAGAAAUUUAAAGGGAAUGAAAUGGAAAAGCCAGUGAAGUCAGAUAGGAUUAGCAAUCUACCAUGGGAUGUAUUGAACAGCAUCCUCGUGCACCUGCCACUAAGAGAUGUGGCUAGGACUAGUCUCUUAUCAAGAAAGUGGAGAUAUAAGUGGACUAGCCUCUCACAGUUUGUUAUCGAUGAUAAAUGCUUCCCCUAUUCUUUGCCAGACAAAGCCAGGUGGGGAGAGAUUAGGAGAAUCUUUCACUUGGUUCAAUCAAAUCACAAUGGCCCAAUAGAGAAGUUUAAGCUUGCUGCUUAUUGCUAUCCAGACCAUUCUGAUUUAAAUGAGUGGAUAAUUUAUUUGACGGUGAAAGGUAUCAAGGAAUUAAUUCUUCAGGACUUCAGUUUUAUUAGGCGUUUUAAAUUGCCUUCAUGCCUUUUUUCUUGUCCUCGACUAAUCUGCUUAGAGCUUCAUGGCUGCAUUUUGAAGCUCCCACCCACAUUCAGAGGUUUUAAUUGUCUCAAAAGUCUUCAGCUCGCUCAGGUUUCCAUUAUUAGCGAGACCCUAGAAUAUUUGAUUAGUAGCUGCCCUGUUCUUGAGAGACUGACCCUAUUGAACCUUGAUCAUUUAGCAAUUCUCAGAAUCCACAAUCAGAACUUGAAGCACUUGAAAAUAGAUUCUGAAUUUGAAGAUAUCUUUCUUCAAAACAGUCCACUUUUGGCUAGUGUUGAUAUUCGCAUGAUCCCUGUGGAUGGAAGAUCUAUGCCUCGGUCAGAGGAAAGGGAUCCUUCUAACCUAAUCAGAGUUUUGGGCUGUCUAUAUGGUAUCAAGAAGCUCACUUUGUCCUCUUAUUUUAUUAAGUUUCUUGCUAAUGGCAGUUUACCAGUGAGAUUCCCAAGACCACUCCUUAAUCUUUUGGUUCUAGACCUUAAAGAAGUAAGAUUUAAUAGUUUUAAGGAUGUUGCGGCUUUCUUUUCUAUACUUAGAAGCUCCCCAAAUUUAGAGGAACUCAUUAUAUCGGUUGGCCAUUCAAAUGAGGUCAUCAGACCUGUUGUUGAUUUUCUGAAAGAUCAGUGCCUGUAUAAUUUCUUCUUCAGCCAACUUAAAGUGGUGAGGAUCAGAGGCCUCUGUGGCACCAGACCUGAAUUGGAAUUUUUAAAGCUCAUACUUGCUCAUUCUCCUGUCCUUGAGGCAUUGACUAUAGUAAAAUAUGGAAGUAAAAGGGUUCCUCAAUGGUUGUUACUGCAAAGUGAGAAGGGUUCAACAUGUAACAGGGCAAUUUUGUGUACACAAGGAAAAAGAAGCCUAGAUAGCCAAUUCCAAGAGCACGUCGACUUCCAUGAAACCCUCUAUCAAUUACUACUACUGCCUUUUGAUUUCUGUAUAGGCCAUCACUCUGCUAAUUCAGGCAGUAAAGAAACUGGUGUUUGGUUACAGUCAUGCUCAUGGGAGAAGCAGCCUCAAAAUAUUCAAUAUUUACAAGAAACAAGCGUGGACAGACUCAGCUAUCUUCCAGCAGAGAUUUUAGACAUCAUCCUUGAGAGAUUACCGACAAAGGAUGCAAUUAAGACAAGCAUCUUAUCGAAACAGUGGAGAUAUAAUUGUUGUUCAGUUUCACAGUUAACAAUUGACUGGGAUGGUAGAAAAGGCAUAUGGUAUCAGAUUAGCUCAACUAUCAAUCAGUACCUACUUAACCACGAUGGGAGCAUUGACAAGUUGAGUUUCAGAAGCCGAUGUUAUAUCCAUUCGGAUCGAACAUAUUAUUGGAUUGAAGUUCUAUCAAGGAAAGAUGUCAGGGAGCUGGCUCUGGAGAUGCAAUAGAGUCAGUGCACUCUCAAGUUGCCUUGUUCACUGUUUGCCUGUCAACAAUUGAAUCACUUGCAGCUCUUCAAUUGUGAAAUCAAGCUUCCUGAAAUGUUCCAAGGAUUCAAGUUUCUUGCCUGCCUCAACCUCCAUCAUGUUCAAAUAUCUCGAAAUGAUCUAGAAAGGUUUAUCUGUGACUGCCCUGCUCUUGAGAGAUUGACCCUGCUAAGCAUUCCUAAGUUGGGGCAUCUUAAAAUUCAUGCACCAAACCUUAAAUACCUCAAGUUUAGUUCCUCUUCAAAAAGCGGAUUCAGUCUUGAAAAUACUCCAUUUACUAAAAAUUUUUAG